AUGGCCGAGUUUGUCACGGACAACCCCAACAUCUUUGAGGAACUAGGAAGGUACCUCAAGAGGCAGGGAAAAGAAAAAGCCGAGUCUUCCAAGAGGAGACCGACGAAGUCCCCUGAAGUGCCCUCAGGCGAGGACUCCGAAGAUGGGCGUCUAUCUCGGAGCACCUCCAGGCGAGCCUCAUCCAAGGCAACCUCCAAGAUUGCCUCCAUCUCCCGAGCGUUUUCUCGGGGACUACUGGGAAAACGAGCCGAGGACCCACCUCGGCGUCCCGGAGGCCUAUCUUCUGAUUACAUGAGGGCUCCGCCCUUCACUGAUGACAUCAACGGGGAAAUGGUGCCCCCGAACUUCAAGCUCCCAAACCUGCACACUUAUGAUGGCCGAGGUGACCCCGAGGAUCACCUCCGCGCCUUCAUCUCCGCAUUCCGACUCUACUGCGUCCCCGACGCCGUGAUCUGUCGGGCUUUUCCCAUCUUCUUACAUGGGACUGCCCGAAAGUGGUUCUGGAGUUUAGAACCGGGGAGCAUUUCCUCCCUGGAUGAGCUGAUAGACCGGUUCAUCCACCGCUUUGUGUCGUCUCGACCAAUAACAAAGACUUCAGCUUACCUCUUGAACCUGCAACAAGGUCAGGGCGAGUCACUUCGCUCAUACGCCCAGAGGUUCAACGAGGAGAAUGUACAGAUACCUGAUCAGAACGAGCAGGUAACUAUUGCUGCCUUCACCAACGGGUUAGUGGCAGGGAUUUUCAAUACCGAAAUCCAUCGGGAAUACCCUCGUACAUUUCGAGAGUUUUGGGAAAGAGUGGACCAGGGAAUCCGAAGUGAGGAUGUGAACCGGAUGAAACGAGAAGCCCAAGCAUCCCGUACGGGACAAGACCCCCGGAGGAGGAAAGAUGCAGGCCGAAGUGACCCUGGCCCAAGUGGCACUUCAACCCAGCUCCGAGACCGCCGGAGUGUCUUCGACCGGAUCGUGAAGGGAAGAUCGUCCACCUCGGACGCCGAGCUGACGCCGCUAAAUUCCACCCGAUCCCAUGUCUUGGCUAUGAUGAGACAGAACCACCUCGGCCGAACCCCUCCUGAGAUCCCGGGAAGAAGGGAUAAGAGGAAUUCCAACCUCUACUGUGUCUACCACAGAGAUGUGGGGCACGAGACUGAAGACUGUAACGACUUAAAGCGAGAGAUUGAAAACUUGAUCCGACAAGGAUACUUGAAGCAAUUCGUCCGCAAGGAUGGUGGCUUCAACCGAAGCGCCUCCCACCGGGAGAGCCGAGGUCCCCGCCGAGAGGACAGGCGGGAUACGAAACUUCAUUGCCGAGGUCCCGAGGAACCUAAGGGGGAACAGAGACCUCCACGCGAUAGAUCACCAGGCUACGGCCCAAACAUCGCCGGGGUGAUCAACACCAUCUCGGGUGGCCCCACGGGAGGGGACAGUCAGAACUCCCGGAAACGGACAUACCGCCAGGCCGGCAUGGAAGCUGCCGAGCCGAGCUCACGGUUAUCCGAAAUGAUCACCUAUGGUCCCUGCGACCCCGUCCCCGCCGCCUCCAGCAAUCACGAGGCCCUCGUGAUUGAAGUCCUUACCAACAAUUACAUAGUCAAGAAGGUCUAUGUGGACCCCGGAAGCUCGGUAGAUGUCCUGUACUACCGAACUUUCGAGAGUUUGAAUCUGACUCGGGAGCAACUCACUCCGGUCAGAACUCCCCUUGUCGGCUUCGGGGGACACAUCGUCCACCCGGAGGGGAUGGUGAACUUGAUGGUGACUAUCGGGCGCCAUCCCCAUUGCCGAACCGUGCCUGUCAGCUUUGCCGUGGUCAAAGCAGACUCUCCUUACAACAUGCUGAUAGGCCGGCCCACGCUCAACGCCUUGAGAGCCGUAUACUCCACCUACCACCUGAGUUUUAAGUUCCCAACACCCGCAGGGGUGGCCGAGGUGAGCAGCGACGUGGGCGCCGCCCGAGAGUGCUACCUCGCCAGCAUUCAAGCAGCAGUCGCACGUCGGCCCUUGCCGAGGUCAGAAGACAAGAGGCCGGCUGUCCUCUCCAUAGACUGCAUUGACCCUCACAAGGCAGGAGAGCCCAGCAGGUUUGAGCCCGGGGAUGAGGUGGAACAAGUGGUCUUGGAUGAAGCCAAACCUGACCAAGUGGUCCAAGUAGGGGCCGGACUCCCCUCCCCCCUGAAAGAAAAAAUGAUCUCCCUGAUCAAGGACCACCGGGACAUCUUCGCGUGGUCCGCAGAUGAAGUGGUCGGAGUGCCACCCGAACUCAUGACUCACCAACUCAACGUUAACCCACAGGCCCGACCUGUGCGGCAGAAACGAAGGCACUUCGGCCCCGAACGCAGCAAGGCCAUAUCGGAUGAGGUCGACAAGCUCUUGCCGGCCAAGAUGAUCCACGAGGUCCAAUAUCCCACCUGGCUGUCCAACCCCGUUAUGUUAAAAAAGGACACCGGUGGAUGGAGAAUGUGUGUGGACUUCACCGACCUCAACAAGGCCUGCCCCAAAGACUGCUAUCCUCUGCCGAGGAUAGACGCCCUCGUCGAUUCGGCGAUGGGGUAUGAGAUCCUCUGCUUCCUAGAUGCCUUCAAAGGGUAUCAUCAAAUAGGAAUGAGUGAAGAGGACCAAGAGAAGACGGCGUUCUACACCGACCAAGGUGUCUAUUGCUACACUACCAUGCCAUUUGGGCUAAAGAACGCCGGGGCGACCUACCAGAGGUUGAUUAACCGCCUCUUCAAAAAUCAGAUCGGCCGCAAUGUGGAGGCAUAUGUGGAUGACAUUCUCGUCAAAAUCCUCGCCACUUCAUCCUUCCUGUCAGACUUGAGGGAAGUCUUUGGUGUCCUGCGAGACUCGAGGAUGAAACUGAAUCCCAAGAAGUGCGUCUUCGGCGUCACCUCGGGAAAAUUCUUGGGGUAUCUAGUUUCCCACCGGGGAAUCGAGGCCAACCCCGACAAAAUCAAGGCCAUUCAGGACAUGUCCCCACCUCGGAACGUCCGAGAAGUCCAAAGGUUGAAUGGACGCCUGGCCGCGUUGAACCGCUUCCUGUCCCAAUCAGCUGAGAAAGCUCUGCCCUUCUUUAAGGUGCUCAAGAAGGCAGAUCAGUUUGCCUGGACCGAGGAUUGCCAGGCCGCCUUCGACCAGCUGAAGCAGUACCUCCAUCACCUACCCACUCUCGCUUCACCUCGGCCCGAGCAGAAGCUCUACCUCUACCUCUCGGCAGCCGACGAGGCUGUUAGCGCCUUGCUUAUCCGAGAUGAGGGCACCCAAGUGCCAGUUUACUAUGUCAGCCGAGCUCUCCGCGGGCCGGAGACUCGAUACACUCGGGUGGAAAAACUGAUACUGGGACUAGUCCACGCCGCUCGGCGGCUGAAGCCCUAUUUCUUAGCUCAUCCCAUCUCUGUCAGGACCGACCAGCCCAUUCGGCAAAUAUUGGUGCGGCCCGAAGCUUCUGGUCGCCUCACCAAGUGGGCUGUGGAAUUGGGAGAGUAUGACUUGUCCUAUGAACCCCGCACCGCCAUAAAAGCACAAACCCUAACCGAUUUCCUGGCCGAGCUGACCUUCACGGAAGGUCCGGAGUCCACCUCCGCCAAAGCCGAGGUGUCCACCCCAUCCACAUGGACACUGUAUGUCGAUGGGUCCUCUAAUGGAGAUGGCAGCGGUGCCGGACUUCUUCUGGAAGGACCUCAGGGAGAGGUGUGCUCCUACGCCCUCCGCUUUGGCUUCCCGGCCACCAAUAAUGAAGCCGAGUACGAGGCCUUAAUUGCUGGACUCCAGCUGGCCCGCAAGCUCGGCGCCCAGCAAAUCCACGUCCGCAGUGACUCCCAGCUCGUUGUACGCCAAGUCCUUGGUGAAUACAAAGCCAAGGAUGAGAUCAUGCAACGGUACCUCACCAAAGUUCACCAACUCACCGCGUAUUUCGGGUCGUUCGAAAUCCAAAGAAUACCCCGGUCCCAGAAUAAGCGAGCCGACGCCUUAUCCCGGCUGGCUUCCACUUCAUUCUCUGACCUCAACAAAACAGUCUUGGUGGAGGUCCUGAGUGAACCAGGAUACGUGGAAGAGGUGGCUUGCCCCGUGCACUCUGAAGAAACCUGGAUGACCCCGUUCAUCCUUUUCUUGGGUCAGGGAGCCCUCCCUGAAGACCGAGCCGAGGCAAGAAAAAUACAACGCAAGGCGGCUCGAUACGCUCUCCGCGAUGGAGAGCUGUACAAACGCUCCUACCUCGGCCCAUGGCUGAGGUGUGUCACUCCCGAGACAGGACGCCACGUCCUCCAUGAGAUCCACGAAGGCUUGUGUGGAGCUCACGUCGGCCACAGAAUGCUAGCCAAGAAGGCAUUGCUUCUUGGAUAUUUCUGA